AUGUUCAGAAACAACUACGACAACGACUCGGUCACAUUCUCCCCACAAGGCCGGAUAUUCCAGGUCGAGUAUGCCGCCGAGGCCGUCAAGCAGGGCUCCGUCGUGGUGGGCAUUGUCAGCAAGACGCACGCCGUCCUGGUCGCCGUCAAGCGCAAUGCCGAGGAGCUGUCGUCGUACCAGAAGAAGCUGUUCCCCGUCGACGAGCACGCCGGCAUCGCCAUUGCCGGCCUGACGUCGGAUGCCCGCGUCCUCUCCAACUUUAUGAAGCAGCAGUGUCUCGGCCACCGCCUGACGUACGGGACCUCCAUGCCGGUGCGGACGCUCGUCGACAUGAUUGCCGAAAAGGCCCAGCUCAACACCCAGCACUACGGCCGCCGGCCCUAUGGCGUGGGCCUGCUGGUGGCCGGCGUCGACGACCGCGGGCCGCACCUCUUUGAGUUCCAGCCCAGCGGCAUGACCGACGAGAUGGUGGCGUUUGCGAUUGGCGCGCGCUCGCAAAUGGCCCGCACGUACCUCGAGAAGAACAUUGCCGCCUUCGCCGACAGCGGCCGCGAGGCCCUCGUGCAGCACGGCCUGCGCGCGCUCAAGGAGAGCCUGGUGCAGGACCGCGAGCUGACGGUCGACAACACGAGCGUGGGCAUUGUCGGCUUUGUGCCGGCCGCCGCCUCGGCCACGGGCGCGCGCGAGGUGGAGCCGUUCACGGUGUACGACGGCCAGGACGUCAAGGCGUGGCUCGACGCGGCGGCAGACGACAAGGCAGAAGGCGACGACGCGCCGGCACCAAGCGGCGGGGCCGAAGGCGAGAUGGAGGUGGACCAGUAG